AUGAUUCUCUUUCCUUCUUGCUCAAAUUCAUUUGACUACACACUGCCUGUAUGUGGUGCUAUGCCAUGCUAUCUUCUUGAUCCAGUGAUUGGCAUGUGGGAUAUGAUGGUGCAUGGAUGUCUAUCUAGUUUGAUCAUUGCCAUCUUCAGUAUUGGUCUACUCAUUCGUAUUAUCGUACGUCGAUGGCAAUUUCAUCGAAGCAUUCAUUGGCGUAAACAUCGUAAGAUGGCAAUUCAAAUGUUGUCCAUCACGGUUCUUUAUCUUGUAUUCAAUAUACCUAUGCUUGUCAUAACAAUUGCUCGCCUUUGUGGUUUACCGGAUAGUGUAAGUGCUGUACCACAGCAAAUUGCACUCUUUCUUACUUAUUUUGUUCCAUUACUAUUGCCUUUUGUGUGCUUUUCCACUUUACCAGAAUUAAGACGAGAAAUGAAGACAAUAGUUGGCUUCUACCAUACACAUCGAGCAACUGUUGGAACUGCCACUGAAAGAACAUUGUAA